GGAAGACGGUUCUGGGCUGGGGGUCCUCACAAUAUGAGAAUUGUCUCUGAUGGACGUUCUCGGCUCACACACAAAUGGAACAGCGAUCCCCAGCGAGGAUUCUGGGAGCUGGGCCAACAUCGCAGGCACAUCUGCGUCCCCGUCAUGUGACCUCCUCAGACGGACGCUGUGCUGGGCGAGGAGAAGACAGAACAGAUGGUGGUAUAGGAGGAUCGGGGUGGCCGCGUGUCCGAUCCUCUCCGACACCUAAGGUGUGUUUUGCCAUCAGCAUGUUGGGUAAUCCCACCAUCGUUCUCCUGGACGAACCUUCAACUGGUCUGGACCCAAAAGGACAACAAAGGCUUUGGAGAGCCAUCCGAGCGGCCUUCAAGAACCGGGAAAGGGGCGCCAUCCUGACCACACACUAUAUGGAGGAGGCCGAGGCUGUGUGCGACCGCGUGGCAAUCAUGGUGUCCGGAAAACUCAGGUGUAUCGGAUCCAUCCAGCAUCUGAAGAACAAAUUUGGUAAAGGUUACCUCCUAGAGAUCAAACUGAAGGACACCCAGCAGGCCGAUGUGAUCCACCAGGAGGUCCUCUGCCUUUUCCCACAAGCCGCCAGGCAGGACAGGUUCUCCUCCUUGUUGGUCUAUAAGAUCCCAAUGGAUAACGUCCAGUCUCUGUCCCAGGCCUUCCUACACUUGGAGAAUGCUAAACAAACGUAUAACAUGGAGGAGUACAGCUUCUCCCAGUCCACCCUCGAGCAGGUCUUCCUCGAGUUGGCCAAAGAACAGGAGAAGGAAGACUUCCACUUGGAUUCAUCAUUCCGAUGGAAACACCUGAAGAGUGAAGAGAUAUAACAUUGUCUGUAAUAUUAUUAUUAUUAUUAUGGGUCCUGUGUGUGCGGCUGAACCUUCUGCCUGAGAAGUUGCACUGAGAUGGAUAUUAUGGAGGAAGCCGAAAUCAAGUCACCUGACCAGCGAGGAAUUCAUGACCUAUAAGAAGUGUCGGAGGACUCCUUAAAAAGAAGACUAACCCUUUAUAUGUGCCUGUAUACAGUAUAUACUGACCUAUCAGCUGUGUGAUUAUGUAACCACAGAGGGGGGGGGGGGGAGGAGCUACAUUACUAUUCCAAGUAAACGUUCUUUUCAAAUUUAACAGAACUUUUUCGUAGAGUUUUGAGCCGAAUUUCAGGCGUCUGUUCAUUAAAAGAAAAAAGAAAAAUGUAGCAGAAUACGUAUUUG